AUGGUUAAUGUCUACAGUGAGGAUGCUCCUCAAUAUUCCACCGUAGCAAAAUGGGCUGCUGAGUUUAAUCGCGGACGUACAAUACUUGAAGAUGACCCACGGUCUGGCAGACCAGCAGAUGUCAUCACAGAUGAAAUUGUGGCCAAAGUUCAAAAUAUAAUUACGACUGAUCGCCGCAUCAAGGUGGAUGAAAUUGCCUCAGAGUGUGGUAUUUCUCAUGGAAGUGUUUGCAAUAUCAUCCAUGAACGUUUGCAUAUGUCUAAAGUGUCUGCCCGAUGGGUACCCCGAAAUCUGAAUGCGCAAGAUCGUCACCAACGAGUGGUAUCAAGUCGAGAGCUCUUGGACAUUUAUAGGGCAGAUCCAGAGAAUUUUCAUGCUCGCCUUGUGACUGGAGAUGAAACCUGGAUUCAUCAUUGGGAUCCAGAAACCAAAAAGGAUUCUAAGCAGUGGAAGAACAAGACAUCUCCGCCGCCAAAGAAGUUUAAGACUCAGCCAUCUGCUGGAAAGAUCAUGGCCACCGUUUUCUGGGAUUCCAAGGGCGUCUUAAUGAUAGAUUAUAAGCCACCAAAGAAGACAAAAAUCACUGGUGCUUACUGGGCAGAUCUAAUGAAGAAAUUGCGAAAUGCAAUCAAAGAGAAACGGCGCGGGAUGUUAACUGCUGGUGUUUUGCUCCUUCACGACAAUGCACCUGCCCACAAGAGAAGAGUUGCGCAAGCCGCCAUUCGUGAAUGCAAGUUUGAACAAUUGAAUCAACCCCCAUAUAGUCCAGACCUGGAACCAAGUAACUAUUAUCUGUUUCGACAUCUCAAGUCACACCUGCGUGGAACGAGAUUCGCCAAUGAUGACGAUCUCAUUGCUGCUACAGAAGCUUGGUUUGGGGGGCAAGGAGAAGACUUCUAUUUUCAGGGAAUUGAGAGUCUACAGCAUAAAUGGGAAAAGUGUAUUCAAGUGCAUGGAGAUUAUAUUGAAAAAUAA